AGCUGGCUCAGUGCCAGCCCCAGCCUUCACCAAAAGCCUGGAGGCAUGUGCGAUGAGCUACCGACCCGGACAGGGUCUCAGCGAUGAGGCGGUCGCGCGGCUGAAGGCACGCAAGACCGCGGCCGGCGUGGAUGUUCCGGCGGAGGACUCCAACGCCCAGUGGGACCGCCUCCUCGGCACUGAUGCCAAGAAGAAGUUGAGGUGUUCCGUGUGCACGAGGCCAUUGUCGGAGGGCGACCAGCAAGCAAAGCGCGUGCUGUGUGCCAAUUGCACUGGCUCAGGCGUGUUCUCGCUGGACCGCGCUGCAGUGGCUCACCUGGAGCUGGGCUGCCCGAUCUUCUACUACUGCAUGCGGCACGUGAAGCCUCAGGCGCGGAGUGAAGCCCCGAAAGCCGUGGAGAAGAACGUGUCCGCGCCUGCGGCUCCCGUGCCGCAGAGGACGUUGCCGGUCCUCCCCCGCGGGGUGUCCAUCCAGGAGCACUUGGGUCUUGUGGUAAAGAGCCAUCUGCCAUUGAGCAUUCUCAGCGUCAACCUGCUGUCUCACUGCUACGUCCGAGUUGCGAACCAGCCCUGGAACGCCUUUGCGCAUUGCGAGGAGGCGCACUUGGCCUGGGAGCUCCGCCAGCCCCGACUGGCGGAGAUGCUGCGGGCGAGCAAGGCGGACGUGCUGUGCCUCCAGGAAGUCACCAUGGAGAGCCGAGAGGGCGAUGAGGAGUGGCAGCUGCCCGCUUGGCUCCGCAACAUGGAGGGCUACACCGCGGUGCAGCAGGGGUUCAAGGCCAAGGAGUGGGAGAAGCAGGCGGAGCGCAACCAGCGCGUGUGCGGGCACCGGAACCCCACAGGGGUGGCCACUUUGUUCCGCAGCGACCGCUUCACGGAGGCGGCGCCUUGCAAGUUCGGCUCAGGCUCUGGAUUGGCCGUGUUCCUCCGUUGCCUGGAUGCCGUGCCGGGAGGAGAAGGCAGCAUGGAAGUGGCCGUGGGCAACCUGCACCUGAUCGGAGACCCCGAGAGAUCUGCAGAGCAACUUAAGGCCCUGAACAGCCUCAAGAAGAACUUGGGGAAGCAGGACCUGCGGAUCAUUUGCGGCGACUUGAACUCCGAGUGCGAGCCCGGCAGCGACCUGGGGAAGUGGUUCGCGGAGGAGGGCUACUCAGAGGUGCCCUGCGGGAGCUCCUGGGCGGAGCCGCAGAAGAGUUUGCGCCUGGACCACAUCUUCUCCCGGCGCCUGGAGGCCGUUGCUUGCACCGACGGCCUCACGCCAGAAGAGGUGGCCAGCGGCCUGCCGUGCAGCUCAGUGCCCUCAGACCACUUGCCGGUGGCGGCGUUGUUUGGGGCUGUGGUGAAGACCAAGUGCCCCUGGUAGGCGCCGAUCUCCGGCGCGUCUGAGAUGCGGAGGGCGACUGUCCGACGGCAAGUCUCCAUGUAGGUGUCCAUUUUGGCGGUGAAGGUGUGUGUUUCUUGAGGG